AUUCUUUUAAUAGAAAAGAUUACAUUUUGACAAUAUUUUCCAGAAAGUACUGCUUUUUUACCACGUGCUUUUACAGCCGAUUUUAUCCCAAAGAUAUGGAAUUUUGUUAAUUUUAGUUCGAGUAGGCAAAACUGUUCGCUUUGGUAUACUUCGAGGCACGAACUGUAAAAUUUGGGUAACACUCCCGGUCAAAGAGACCGCGGAAAGAAGAAAGAAAAAGAGAAAAGACCUUUUGCUUUCUGCGACGCGGGAAGCAUUUAUAUAUGUGGUGCAUUCUUAUUCCGCACACAUGUCGUCAUCCUAAGCCCUGCCGCCAGGGACAAUGCCAUUGCCAUAGUGAAACAGUGAAAGUAUGGUCAUUUUGCCCUCGCUGUCGCGCUACUCGCAAUUCUGCCUCCUUCCCACUCGCGCUGCUCGUACGCACGACACGCGCAUCGACGUUUCGCGCUAUCGCGAUAGUCUCGUUUUGAAUGCCGCAUCUAUCGAAGAGUGCUCUCCAUUAUACCUGCAGCGCGGUGCAAACUCGGUGAAAUUGUACUUCUACGUCCGACUGCGUCGAAGAUGAGAGCGCGAUGCGGAUUCUCCUAGGGUGCCUCAUUUGCCUACUGUCAGCGGUGCACGCGAGGACCGCGAUAAUGCCGCCACCGUGGGCCGAUCCCUCGAGCAACCCCUGUGCCGCGCAACCGCGCGGUUGGCAGCUGCUGUACUGGCCGGCCGACGGAAAGUGCUACAAAAUAUUCCAGAUUGGCGCCCCGUGUCCGGAGACUAUGGAACUGGGCCCAGCCGCCGGUAGCGGCGGAACAAUCGCGGAAUGCAGGUGUCCUCCAGGAACCGCACAAUCAUCUAGGGAUGCUUUGUGCCAUCCGAUAUUCACAAGAGCAUCUUGCUCCAAGGGUCAAUUCUUCGCACCUGUGCCCGACCCACCCAACAAAUCAGGUACGAAGCCACGUUGGGGAGUCUGUCGUGAUCCCGAAAGCUGCAACGAGCAGGGCGAAAUCUACUGGCCUAGGGACGGCAAGUGCUAUCCGAAGUUUAGCAAAGGCCCAUGUCCACAUGGCGAACUUCUCGUCAAGGGUGAGGAUGGUCUAGCAACCUGUUCGUGUUCAACUGCUGACGAAUUGAGUAGAUACUAUUGGCUGGGAAACGGCGGCGGCUGUCACGAACACUACACCAAAGGUCCCUGCUCGGAGCCGGGAGAAUUAUUUCUACCGGGUGGUACGUGCGGCUGCCACCCUCAAUUGCCUCACUAUCACGAGCCGAGCGGGAUGUGCUAUCAAUUAGGCGGUGUUGGUCCAUGUCCGCAAGGACAUCACUUCGUAGUGACAAUGGAUGCCCGAUCGUCGCAGGAAGAAGUUGUGCGAGCCGGAUGCGUUUGCAAAUCGGGCCAUGUAUUGUACAAGGAUGGGCUUUGCUAUCGAUUACACACGAGAGGACCCUGCGAGAAUGGCUAUAUGCUGGUAAACUCGUCAACCUGCAUUCCCGUGCCAUGCAAACGCGGUAGAUUGUACUUCCCUAGAGAGAAGACUUGUUACAAAAUUGGUAUGAGGGGACCGUGCCCGAGCGGGCAGAUAGUAUUGUACGAUUAUAAUGUGAGGCCGUCUCUCGAUGGGAUCGGUUACAAUGGCGUGUGUGGAUGCAACAACGAUAUGAGGAACACCGGCAGGUGUCUAAAGAAUGAAGGCGACGAUUGCGAGAGCACGCCAGGUAUGGUGAGGAUUAGGAAAACCUGUUACAAACUGUAUACGCAGGGCCCGUGUACCGCGGGAGAAUGGCUGGUCGCUCAGAGGACACCGAGGAACAAUCGGCUGUGGCAACAAGAAAAACCACGAUCGAAAGCCAGGUGCGAGUGCCGACCUGGCUACAAGAGAAUCGUUCAAAGUUCUGAUAAUGCUCUGGAGGAGCUAGAAAGCGAUAAUCUGAUCUCACCAUAUAGUUGUCAGCCACCUGCAGUGAGCCUGGCAAAGUUUCUCAAUGAUAAUAUUAAAUCAGUGGUUGAUUUAAUAGCUCGAUAGUUCAUAUAUCGCUGCGCAGUUAUCACACAGCGAGGUACUUAUAAGUUUCGUUGAAAAAUAUAUUAAUUUUUCUUUUUACUUAGUAUAGUAUGCGUGCGAUAUAUUAAACUUUUUAAUUAAAAUAACGAUGAUGAUUGAUUUAAUUCUGUACAUAAUGUCACACAAAUUAUCGUUUAGUUUUAUUUUAUGCUUAUUUAUUUAUUGUGUUUCAUAUUUUAAGUACUGUAAAUAUCGUUUUAUUAACUUUACAAGCCUAAAGUUUCUUAUAAGACAUAUGAGAGACAUGUGCCAAUAUUUUUUAGGAAGUUUGUCAGAAGUUGUAAAUAAACAUAGAUAUAUGUACUUACUCAUUUUUAUGCUGUAAAUCACGAACUUGUUGUUGCACUCCCUCA